CCGCAUAUAAAGCGAGAUGAAUGGCCGAAAGGGCCGAAACAGCAAAGAGCAGGCGUCGCAGUGGCUCUCUCUCUUUGUAACAACCCAUCAAAGUUGACAACAGGCCCGAUUUUGUCUCUGUAACUUUCCCAAGAGUGAGAGGUUUGGAGUGGAGAGGAGACAAAAAUAGCAGAAGGGGUAGAAGAGAAUCAGAUGAAUGACAAGAAACAAGAGAGUGGUUCUCAGCGUCAGCAAUGAAAGAACGUCGGAAACGGGACGCGGGUUCAUGGGGCAGAUUCUUCUGGUGUACGUUCUUCGUGGUCUUCUCUUGCGUUGUCGUCACUGGUGUCACCUUCUCCACCUUUAGCAUCUUUGGAGAGAAGUUUCGUCCAGUUCUAGUCUCUUCAUGGAGAAAGCAGGCGAUGGAAGCCAUCGCCGGCGAGUCCUUUAUUCCCCCGGCGAUCUCAAUUCGGGAAACUGUCAUAUUCCCCGACCAGGAACUGGUUUUCCUAAAGUACCCUCCAUCUGCUCGCUUAUUCACCAAAGAUGACCUGGACUGCCUUUACUUCUCUCCCAACUCAUCGGACAGCCACAUCAAGCUACCGCCGGAGGAUGUCGACGGAGAGACGCGCGACCAUCAGAUCGUACGGUGCCCGCGGCGCCCACGUGGAUUCACCUUGUCCCUUGUGCUGAAAUCCAACGCUCUACUCCGACCUGGCCCCACCCACCAGUGGGACUCUCUGGUGUACGAAGCUCUAAUCGACCGGGACAACACCACCGUCGCUUUUGUGAAAGGCCUCAAUCUACGGCCCGAUAGGGCCUCCAACCCCACAAGAUUUGAAUGCGUGUACGGAUGGGAUUUCAGGAAGCCCAGGUUCUUACUACGAUCCGAGGUGGUGUCAAUUGCCCAGGAGGUUGUGCGUUGCAGAACCCCGCUGAGCAUAUUGAACAAUCCCCAAAGGCUCAAUAGCACCAUUAAGGUAUCGGUUCGGAUGAAGGGCAAGGGCAUACUAAACUCAAUAGCGGAGCCCAAACGCCGUUCCCCCCCUGACCCACCCAUUCGGAAGCAACACGAGAUGUGCAUAUGCACCAUGGUCCGGAACCAGGCACGCUUCUUGCGGGAAUGGAUCAUGUACCAUGCCCAAAUCGGGGUCCAACGUUGGUUCAUCUACGACAACAACAGCGUGGACAACAUCGAAAAGGUAUUGGAGUCCUUAGAGACUGCCAACCUCAACAUUUCGCGACACCUAUGGCCUUGGAUCAAAACGCAGGAAGCCGGUUUCGCUCAUUGCGCCUUACGGGCCCGUGACAGUUGCGAGUGGGUCGGGUUCAUCGACGUGGAUGAGUUCCUACACUUGCCAUCAGGCGCAUCGCUCCAAGAUGUUGUGUGGAACCAAUCAAGGUCCGCCAACAACAACGUAGCUGAACUGCGAAUCUCUUGCUACAGUUUCGGGCCAUCGGGGCUAACAAGCGUGCCACCAAAGGGCGUGGCGGUCGGGUACACAUGUCGAUUAUCCGCACCGGAGAGGCACAAGAGCAUAGUGAGGCCAGAGGCAUUGAACUCCACAUUGAUCAAUGUGGUGCACCAUUUUCACUUGAGGAAUGGUUUUGAUUUUGUGAACGUGGAUAGAGGGGCGAUGGUCAUUAAUCACUACAAGUACCAAGUAUGGGAAGUGUUCAAAGAGAAGUUCUAUAGGAGGGUGGCCGCAUACGUGGCUGAUUGGCAAGAUGAGGAAAACGUGGGGUCCAAGGACAGAGCCCCCGGGUUGGGAACCAGAGCCGUGGAACCACUUGACUGGUCCACCCGAUUCUGUGAGGUGACGGACACAGGGCUCAGGGAUCGGGUUCUGCAAAUUUUCAAAGACCCGGAGACCCACAGGAUGCCAUGGCAGGAGCAUCAACAAGAUGAGGAGGACAGUUCAAUUUUGAUCGAGCGUGACAAGCAAUUGAGGAGUCAGAGGUUGUAUAGUGGACAAGAAUCGAAACAAAGCCCCGAAAAGCAGUCAGAGAGCGUUGAAAAUGAUGGAAGUGCAGAGUGUGUUUUCAGCCCCAGGUUCAAAUCUGUGGCUGCACUGGCUGGUUGGGACGAGGAGGCUCUUCUCAUCGCCAGUCUUGUGGUUGAAGACACGCCCGAUCGACUGGUCAAGCACAAGAAACGCUCCGAUUUGACGUUCAAGACUCCUCCAUCCAAUUCAAGAAGAAAACGCAGAACUCAGAGAAGGAGUCCGGCUUCAAUCCCUGUUACGGUUCUUGACCUUGAUGAAGGAGAAAAUGCAAAAGAAGAAAGUGAGAAAAAGAAGAUAGAAACAAAAACUGCCGAGCACGAAGAAAAGAACGUUACAGGAGAUAAACAACAGGGUGCGGAAAGCUCUGCCGCAUCUUGCUCAGCUUCAACUUCAACUUCGGUUCUUCCCUGUAUGGAUCGACUCAGGGAAGAGCUUUCUUGUGCAAUAUGUCUAGAGAUAUGCUUCGAGCCCAGUACCACUCCUUGUGGACAUAGUUUUUGUAAGAAAUGUUUGAGAUCUGCUGCAGACAAAUGUGGGAAGCGGUGCCCAAAGUGUAGGCAGAUGAUAAGCAAUGGGAGAUCCUGCACUGUGAACACAGUCCUGUGGAAUACAAUACAGCUGCUGUUUCCGCAAGAGGUUGAAGCAAGGAAAGCAGCGGGAGCCUUGAAUAGUCGAGAAGCCAAGCGACAAAGCCCAGAAAAAGAGGGUCAAACUAUCACAAGGAAUAGGAGUGUCCGGCCUUCUUCUGGGGUUGCAAGUAGAGAUGCUAGUGUGAGGAGGAGAAGAGGAAUGCCAAGCCAAAGUGAGGAUGCUGCAUUAGCUCUUAGGUUGCAGAGAGAAGAGUUCAUGGAAGCUUUCAGGGAACAACCCCACGAGGAACAGAGAAGCACUGUUUCCGUAGCCAGAGCAAAUUUGAGGGCUAUGGCAUCCAGGGCAGUCAGUCUUCGCGUUAGAGGCCGCCCUUACUUGCUCUAGUUUGUCAUUUCACAGUUGUAGAUCUUUUAAUUGGAUAUUGUUCUCAUUCAUUAUUCAAAGAGAAACAUUUGUUCCUAUACUCUGAAUUUCAUCGACACGAAGAUUCACAUAUCUUGUCGGUAAGAUUCAGAUUAGACCACCCAAAUCAGGAACCCUUCAUAUCUAAGAGAUCUUAGAUAUGGGAAAAUAGCUUUAGAUUGGGGCACAAGAGAAUAACUUAAAGGGUGGUGGACUUGUGAAUUAGGCUAAGUACUUAUUCUACAUGCUUUUCCGUGUUA